CACAGUUCAAUACCCUCUCUCUCUCUCUCUCUCUCUCUAUAUAUAUAUAUAUAUAUAUAUAUCUGAAGAUAUGGAUAUGAAGAAAUUUGUAAAGAAAAGGUUAUCAAGCAAGAGAUUUGGAAGGUUUCUCAAAGAACAGAGAGGAAGGCUCUACAUUACGAGGAGAUGUGUAGUCAUGCUCCUAUGCUGGCAUGACUGAAUCUCUCUCUCUCUAUAUAUAUCUAUCUUUCUCUCUCUAGCUCACUCAUUCUUGUUUUACCAAUUGUAAAUAGCAAAGAGAAAUGUCAGGAAUAGUGAAGUGUUCUUUUGAUGUAUGAUUAUGUCCCAAGAUCUAAUUUUUUUAAUAAUAUAUCAGAGAUUUAACUUUGAUUGCUA